AUUGGACUGUGUAUACGUAGUGGCGGCGUGUACAAAACAAUUUUCUGAAGCCUUCGGGCGAAGAAGCGCAUUAUCUCAUCAACCCUUCCCUCUUUGCAGACACCCUCUCUGAUGGCCAUAGCCCUGAAAUCAAGUAGCUUCCUGCAAUUGAAGAGCAAAUCCCAAGGCCAUUUACUCAUUACCCCUUUCAACUCCCAAAGAGUUUCGAUUCCAAGUAGAACAUUCAAGCCCCCAAUGGCUACUCUCAGUGCCAUCCCAAGUGUAGGACUCUCAGAGACUUUCACCAGAUUGAAGAAACAAGGCAAAGUGGCGUUAAUCCCAUACAUCACGGCUGGUGAUCCCGACCUUUCAACAACAGCAGCAGCACUUAAAGUGCUUGACUCAUGUGGGUCAGACAUAAUUGAACUGGGUUUACCAUAUUCCGAUCCUUUGGCAGAUGGUCCAGUUAUACAGGCCGCUGCUACACGGGCAUUGGCAAGAGGGACAAAUUUUAAUGCAAUUUUGUCGAUGUUGAAGGAGGUGGUACCUCAGUUAUCUUGCCCACUUGCAUUAUUUUCAUACUACAAUCCAAUUCUUAAGCGUGGGAUUGAUAACUUCAUGUCUACUGUGAAAGAUGUUGGCAUACAUGGACUUGUGGUCCCUGAUGUUCCUCUGGAGGAAACUGAGAUAUUGAGAAACGAAGCUGUCAAGAAUAAUAUUGAAUUGGUGCUGCUCACAACACCUACUACUCCAAGAGAUCGAAUGAAAGCCAUUGUUGAAGCUUCAGAGGGAUUUGUGUAUCUUGUGAGCUCAAUUGGAGUCACUGGUGCUCGUGUAUCUGUUAGUGGAAAGGUUCAAACUCUUCUACACGAUAUUAAAGAGGCAACAAGUAAGCCUGUAGCAGUUGGCUUUGGCAUAUCAAAACCCGAGCAUGUGAAGCAGGUGGCAGGAUGGGGAGCUGAUGGCGUGAUUGUUGGUAGUGCCAUAGUGAAACUACUGGGUGAGGCAAAAUCCCCCGAAGAAGGGCUGAAAGAAUUAGAAAUCUUCACUAAAUCGUUGAAAUCUGCACUGCCUUGACGGCUAGUUCUGCCGUUUCAGAGUCAAUUUUGUAUCUUUAGCAUCACAUCUUUUUAGACUUUCAAAAUCAUCCGAAUUUGGAGUUUUUGUAUAAGUUGGAUUCAAGCUUUUGACAAUGCUUCAUUUUAAAUUGAAAUAAUUCCAUCAAUGGAAACAUUAACUUCA